UUCCGGGCUGCGGGCCGGAGCGCGCGGGCCCCGCAGCCCAGGCUGCCCUGGCCGUGCUCGGCGCGCUCACUAUGGCAGGCCCCGCGCCGGGGCGGAGGCUGUGGCCGCUGGCCGCGCUGGCCCUGGUCCUGGCGCUGGACCCGGAGCUGCCCGCAGUCCAGGCCGGGCAGACGCCGCGCCCCGCCGAGCGAGGCCCCCCAGUGCGGCUCUUCACCGAGGAGGAGCUGGCCCGCUUCGGCGGGGAGGAGGAAGAUCAGCCCAUCUACAUGGCGGUGAAGGGAGUGGUGUUUGAUGUCACUUCUGGAAAGGAGUUUUAUGGACGUGGAGCCCCCUACAAUGCCUUGACCGGGAAGGACUCCACCAGAGGGGUCGCCAAGAUGUCCCUGGAUCCUGCAGACCUCACCCAUGACACUACCGGCCUCACGGCGGAGGAGCUGAAAGCCCUGGAUGACGUCUUCACCACAGUGUACAAGGCCAAGUAUCCCAUCGUCGGCUACACGGCCCGAAGGAUUCUCAACGAGGACGGCAGCCCCAACCUAGACUUCAAGCCUGAAGACCAGCCCCAUUUUGACAUAAAGGACGAGUUCUGAUGUCCCACCUGCAGGAGUGGGUUCUGGGGAGGGUGAGACCUCACGCGCGAAGUCGCCUGCGCGAUAGGCUACCCGGGCCCCUGGGCUCGCCGAUCUGAAUAAAGCCGACGUUUAGCCCUG